AUGAACAGUGUUUGUAGUGUAGUGAUUAGAUGCAAGGGGACCCAUUCCAUACAUCUUAUUCAUUAUAAUGACUUCCAUGCAAGAUUCGAAGAGACAUCAGACGACUCUUUGAUUUGCAACCACGUGAACAACACCUGUUUUGGCGGGUUGCCUCGUAUGGUGUAUGAGAUUGAGGCCAUCAGGCGCCAGCAUCCUGAUUCGUUAUUGCUAGAUGCGGGAGACACUUUCCAGGGUACCUUCUGGUAUACUGCGCUGAAGUGGAACGUAACGCAGUACUUCAUCAAUUUACUGAACCAUGAUGCACAUGCAAUUGGAAACCAUGAAUUCGACGAUGACAUAGAAGGCCUCGUACCAUAUUUGACUCACCUGAAAGCUCCUGCAGUAGCUGCUAACAUGGAUUGCUCACAAGAACCGAUACUGAAGGGCCUGUACCAGCCGUAUGUUAUUGUAAAGAGAAAUGGCAGGAGGAUUGGCAUCAUUGGUGUUACUACGACAGCGACAAAGGGAUUAGCUCCAACUGGGAACGUGACAUUUACGGAUCCAAGGGAAGCUGCUUUUCGAGUGUCAAAAUAUUUAAAUGAGAUGGGAGUUGAUAUUAUUAUACUGCUCUCUCACUGUGGAUAUCCAUUGGACAUUGAAAUCGCCAAAGACUACGGGCAGUACAUUGAUGUUAUUGUCGGUGGCCAUUCACACAGAGACAGGACACAAAUAUUCCCUUACCUUACGGCUGUUAAGACUUCUGAUACACAUGAGGUUUUAGUUCUACAAGCAGACGCGUUCACGAAAUUUCUAGGCAGUAUAUCAAUCGAUUUCGACUGUGAAGGCAACGUCAUAAGGUGGUCUGGGGGCCCGAUAGAAUUGGACAGUUCUAUACCUGAGGAUGAAAAAAUGAAGAAAGAACUGGCACCCUACACAGAAGUAGUGCACAACGCUGCUAAAGAAGUCAUUGGAUAUUUGGACAAAGCAAUGCAUCACAGCGACUGCGUGCACGGCGAAUGUUUGAUGGGCAACUUUUUGACGGACGCUAUUAAAUAUAUUGCUCAACAUAGAUUGAACAGUUCGCGACCUUUUGUAGGCAUCAUACAGAGAAGUAACAUGAGAGCAAUUCUUCAAAAGGGAGAUAUAACACAAGGUUCUGUGGUUGAAUUGUUUCCAUACUUGGAUUUUUUGGAAAGUUUCGAAUUACGCGGGAAACAUAUAUAUGAAGCCAUGGAGCGUUCGGCGAGUGAAUUAAUGGAGGGAAAAACAUUUACUGGUCCCUGGCUUUUGCAGGUUUCUGGGUUGCAAGUGAUAUACAACGUGACGAAACCAGAAGGCCACAGAGUAGAAGCAAUCUUCGUGUCUGAUCAUUCAAAUUCUUCCAAAGUGCCUCUAGAUCCUGAUGAAAUGUAUCAAGUUGUCUCACCUAUAUAUCUAUCGAACGGUGGUGAUGGUUAUGAGAUGUUAAAUGAAAACAAGAAGAACCCCCAAGUAAUUGGUUACGAUCAACAUGCAUUACGAGAGUACAUCGAAACACACAAGUCAUUUUAUGUAAAUAUCGAAGGCAGAAUUCUUAUAGUGAGAUAA